AUGUGGGAAGAUGCAGACUUGCUUGGGCUGGAGGCUCAGACUGAGUCCAUUGGAUGCGGUCGGUCAAGGUUCUUCUGUUUAACAGCUGGCACGGACUGUGUCUAUGGCCUUUGGGGGCCCUUCAGGAUCGCCCGUCUUGAUAUGAGCGGCCAUAAUGAGGUUGUCUGCCGUACUAAGACGGGACCGCCUGAUUAUGGUCUUAGACUUGACCCCUGGCAGGAGGUCUGUGGUGCUAUGGGAAGGUCCUGGAGUGUGGAAGAAGGUCACAGAGCUGGGUGA